UCGACCCUUUUCUUGUCUUCUUUACCCGGCCGCUCAGCCCUGCACACCAUGCGACUUCUCUCGCUGCUUUGGCUCUGCUGGACGCAGCGGACGACCCACACGGCCGCUGCCAACGCGCUCGGCGCGGCGGUGGACGUCGAGGACGGAGCGCUGCUGGUCGUCCGACCGGAUGGCCAUGAUGAGCACCUCUGGAGCUGCGCCUUUGUGGCGGAAGGUGCCAAGCUCGCGUAGUCUUGGCGGAUGGUGGAAGCAGGCGACGCGCUCCGCUGCUGGGACACAACUCCACCACCGGUGUUCCGGGUUCGCUUUCGACUCAAGGACGACCGCCGCUUCGUGCUGAAAGUGACGAGCAGUUGGGCGCCGGUCUUUGCGCAACGCUUUUGGCAGCUUUCCAAGCUGAACUGGUGGAAGGAUGUGCCCAUCUAUCGGCCUUGCUAUACCAACAAGACCCAGCGCUUUGUGAGCCAGUUUGGCCUGGUGGGAAGUCCGAAAGUCAACAAAGCCUGGAUUGAUCAGAAGACAUCCAAUGCCACUGCACCCGCAUUGGUCUCCAACACCCGUGGCCGCCUGAGCUUUUCCAUGGACGCCGUCAUGUGUAACGCCAGCGCUGCGAAAGAUCCCUGCGCCAAGUACCGGCCCAACUGUACUGCCACGGACUACUGUGCGGUGGGCUGGUAUACCGAGAUCUUUGUGAACUAUCAAGACAAUUCCCAUUUGGAUUCACAUGGUUUCGCUCCUUUUGCCGAGGUGGAGGAGGGCAUGGAGGUCCUGGAUCAUCUUGGAUCGGUGCUGGGCAACCUCUAUGGCGAAGUGCAAGAGCUUUGCACGCCCAAUCCGGAUCCCUUUUGUCGAUUCCGUGAUGGCCUGUGUCAGGGCGUGAAUAGCAGCACAUUGAUCGCGGAGGGGAAUGACUUUUGGAGGAAAAGAUCGUGUUGGGACAGCGAUGGAGUGUUGGUCCCACUGAUGGAGUUUGGAGUUCAACAGCCUCUGGUCGAUGGACAGUUCCACAUCUUUACGAGUACAUCCGCUCCGGCUUCCCUAAGAUGUAUGAUCUGCGGAUUGCUGGUGUGGAAGAAAUCAUUGAGAACGAGUGACCUGAGAGUAUACGGACUUUGUUUGAAGCUCCCUAGCAAGCGCCAGCUAGGCCAAGGUUGGACUUUGGAGAGUUGUUUCAAGACCCUUCGAUUUGACAUCCACUAAGAAAAAUUGCGCACAGAAACUGAGGAAACUGUUUAAUUGGACAUUGGACGAGGUACCAUCCAACGAACAAAUCCAACUCCGGCCGGCUACCCGGCCGAGGUUCCCUAUAGUGGUUUUCAAGGCACCAGUUCAGUGGUGAAUCCGGUUCCGCCGAG